UAAACUCACAUCCGGGCACUUGGCUUUGGACUGACGUGGCUUUGUUGAUAGUGGGACGGGAAUCGAUUUGGUUGGCCAGCAUCACAACAUUUGACUCAGGACAUCGGGCGGGGAUUCUGCUACAUUUCUAUCAAACGGACAGUUUCGUCACACAGCAGACAAGAUGGCCGAUGGAGGUUUUGACCCGUGUGAGUGUAUAUGGAACCAUGAGAACGCUAUGCAAAGACUCAUAAACUUGCUACGGAACUCCCAGUCUUACUGCGCCGACAACAACUGUGUCCAGGAUUUGCCGGGCCCCAACUCUGCCCCCGAUGGCGGCUAUGGCACCAUGAUGAUGAUGAUGGUUGGCUGGCUUGUGGUUGCCACGGCGCUCUACCUCCUCCGUCCACAGAGUCUCCGUAACCAAGGUGAUGGGAAACCAGCCAGAAAUAAUGAUUACGGCGGCAGCCCCCCACCUCCCACCCCUCCAGUUCACUAGUCAACUCACCCGGACCACGCCCCCUGAAUCCCCAACAUCUGAUGGACAUGAAUAUGGAUAACCAAUUGCUGAAGACCAUUCUUACUGGAGGUAGACAUUUGGUGGUGGUGACCAUUGCAAUAACUUGUUGGACAACUGUGGACUGCUGGAUGUCCCCAUGGGGAAGGUUGUCCACAUCCUUACCUACCCUCAUCUGUGAUGGACUCUUCUGUGUGAUUCUGUCUUCAACACAUUAUUCCUCAAAAAGUUAGCAAAGUUCAAGCUGGCAUCACUGUGUGAAGUCUACAAGCACUAAACUUGACAAACUGUUUUAAAAUAUGGAGUCCUCUUUCAAACAAUGUUAUGUUACCGUAAUACAGGUAAUAAAGUAUAUUCUCAGCUUCAAGUUUAUGAUGACCACAGGCUAUUUUAUUUCAUACGUACACUGGAUGCAGGGUCAGCCUAUUUUGUCUUCACACUCUGUGCUUGGUGAAUCUAUUGUGAAUCGUAUUGGGGACGAGCUUGCGCUACUUGGAGAACAGCAGCACGUUAUUAUUUUGGUGAUUGGUGGUGCAUAAUGUUAAUUGUUAACGCAUUCAAAGAUUAUGAGCUGAGGCCACAAUAAGUUAAUUAUUUGUUUGGUUUAUUUUAUGUCCAAUUUAGGAAAUGGGCAUAAAAUAAAUAAUUUAGACACACUUUUGUCAUGGCAACACUUAUGGGUCACCUGCCCAACUGUCUUGUUGGGUUUUAAGAUUAUUUCAAACGAUGGUUAACGUGAACCACUAGUCUGAAAUAAGCUGCAGGGUUGUUGUAUAUGACCAAAGUUGUCUCCCCUGAUGGAUGUGGAGGGGCAGAUAAUCCACUUGUUGUGGCCUUGGUUGUUAUUAGUGGUUGUUACUCUGCCAUUGUAUGUUGAUCAAACCCAACUGUAGAAGACUUAGAAGUGACUGUAGGACUUAUCACAGUAAAUAUCUUAUAACUAAUUCAUCCAAAGGGUUAAAUAAUACAGUGUUUGUGCAAUGCCCAGUGGUUGCUAUGGUGACACUGAUAACGUCUGUAUAAAUGAAUGUCUGUCACAGACAUUGGACACUCAGACUGCUUUCUUCAUGAACUCUUAACAAAAAAGACCCUAAGGCCAUAAUAAAUUCAUGCCAGCUUAGAAAAUUUGGACAAAAACAUAUCACGAUCUGUAAUUGUAAGAUUCUUGUUGGAUAUGUUGAUUGCAUCCUUUGGCGUUUCUUUUGUGGUUCCUCAAAACUUAAUAAUUUUAUCACUGAUUUGGUUGUUACUUCACCAGUAGCUUUGGGGGGGGAUUCAAGGACAGAAUAGGUCCUGUAUAACCUUUGUAGACAACAAUGCUACUAAGGAAGUGGACCAUUCCUCUUAGGGAUAAGUAGUCAAGAAAUAAGCAUGGUUGAGCAAGCAUUACAGUAUUUGCCAUAAUAAGCAAGCUUACAAAAUUGAAAAAGGGAGGAGGCGCUUGUUAAAACCAUACUCAACAGUUAAAUUUCUUUUCAGAGCUUGAACGUUAAAGAACUAACUUAAUUCAAACCUAACUGUUUUCGUAAAGUCACUUAGCAAUAAUGUACUCCUUCCGUGCUGCUGUUUUCUGUAGCAAGAGUGUACAUAAAUAUACACAAAAAGAUACAUAGAUCAUGUAUAUUUUCUAUCUUAUACGGGAUCGCUUGUAGAGAUCACUUGAAGAUUGGUGUAGCAAUUGGUCUGGGGGCACCUGCUGGAGCAGGCUGUGUAAUACCUCAACUAUGGAAUCAAGGAAACAAGUUUUACAUAGUGGAUUUGUGUGUUAAGGCCCUAUAACAGUCACCUCUCUGUUUUCAACUGUCGAUAGUGAAUUAAAUCCUAGACAUCUACUAUACUUGUGUUUGUAAAAGUAUGUGAUACAAUCAGUUAUAAUUCUGGUUUCUAGACAGUUGGUCGGCAUUUUGGAAAAUGGCUUUUGAAUAUGUUGUAAUUGGAUGGGCACAAUUAACCAUUCAAUUGAGAGCGAGGCUUGAAAUAAUUUUUGAUUUGUUAUGUUUUCAUAGGAUACCGGUAUUUUGAAUAUUGCUUAAAGAUCUGAUUGACCCUGGUUUUGUAUAUAACAAAUGUAUGUGAUGGUAAUUUGUGUUAUCAACAAAGCACAGUUUCAAUCAUCUUCUUGCCUCAGAUAUGUCUGAAGUUAAUUUGUAAAGACGAAGAAGCCCCAAAUGGUGUUACAAUAUUUUCUUUCAUACUAUUGUGAUAGUUUGUAAAACAUUGAAAAUUACAUUACUAAAAAUAUUUUGACAAAAGAUGUCAAGAGAUAAAGCUAUUUUUGCAGAUAUUAUUGUUCCUUGUUAUUUUAUUUUAUUUAUAGUGUACGAUUUGCAUCUCAUGUACAUAUGAAAUAUGUAUAUAUAAACGUUUUCUCCUACAUCUUCUGAAAUCAAAGUGUUCAUGACAAACAUGACAAUUUACAGAAAAAUAUUUGUGAUAUCCUUUGCUUGUUAGCAUCCAGAGUAUGGUCUUGUGCGCAAUAGAGCAAGGGCCCUGAAACUUAAUUUUCAAUUCAGAGGCCAUUGUGGUACACUGCCUGAUCUACCGGUACAGUCUCACCAAUUCCACCAUUUUUAUGAUUGAAAUCAUGACUAAAUGAUGACAUAUGAUUAUGAUGAUGACGAUGAUGAUUAUACUUGAAUGUUUUUUAUGAGAUAUUUGUAAUUUUUCAACAUUUUUCAUAUUGGGAAUUCCAGGGAUCAUCAAAAAGGUUUUGGUUACCAUAGUCACUGGUGAAAAUAUUUUGGGUGUAACCUGGUUGUGAAUCUGGUCAAAGAAUUUAGAGUUCAGGAUAUUUUUUAGAGAAACAAAUAAUUGCAUGUAUACCUGUAUUUCAAAACUACCAACUCUUCACUUGGACAUUAUGAAACGUAUUGCAGCCCAAGACCAAUGCUGCUUCUUAUUCCCAGGUAAAUAGACACAUGAACACCCUAGAUCUGGAUGGAUUAUUACAUUAAAGGAUUAACAAAUGAGGAGUAGGAAAUCAUCUCCUAUUGGUGUUCGCCACAAGAUUGUCCUUAAGACAGGUUUGAGACUCUGGUUUCACAAUAUAUGCUUUGUUUGAAUCUGAACAUGAGAUCAGUUUUGCAUGAACCAGGUAUAAAUACGACUGUUCCUUAUCAGGUAGAGAUUGUAAUCAUUGAGGACUCUUAGAGUGCAAGAAUGAUUACCCGAGCUCUAUGUCGACUAAAUUCACACAAAUUGUGAAGGCACAUCUCGGUUCAUUGUGUUACCUCUCGCACAGCGUCCUCCUGAGGACUGUAAAUAUUCCUACUGUUCGUCUUUCGUAUUGUCACUGUGGUGGCACUCUCGUUGGCAGUUGACUGCAUUACAGUUGAUGAAAUAUUUCUUAAAUACUGAAUGACGUACUUAUUCUCGUGAAAAAUAAAAUUGAUAAAAUUUC